GCGUGGCAUAAACAACGCGGGACCUGUUACUUUUGUUUUGAGUGGAAAGUGUUUACUAUAGAGUUACACCCGGCUCAAUUGAUCCCUUUUAUUUAUUGUGGAAUUUUAUUUUUUUUACAGUCUAUGGGUAAUCCUGAUGUGUUCCCGCUACAAGUGCCCCCCCCACACAUAAUUUACUUAGUUCGCAUGCUUACGUUAGUUUGAAGUUGGGUUAACGGUUUUCUUUGUUUAAAAAAUCACAACGGUUUGAAACGUUAGCCAAACGGAAUUCGUGUGACAUGGAAUUAUUUCAGAAAGUGGAAAAGAUUGGAGAAGGGACGUACGGGGUGGUGUACAAGGCAAAGAACAAAGUCACGGGAGAGACUGUUGCCCUCAAGAAAAUCAGACUAGACACGGAAACAGAGGGAGUACCAAGCACUGCCAUCAGAGAGAUAUCGCUCCUCAAAGAGCUCAGCCACCCAAAUAUUGUCAAGCUCUGUGAUGUCAUCCACACAGAGAACAAACUGUACCUGGUUUUUGAGUUCCUUCAUCAGGACCUUAAGAAGUUCAUGGACUCCUCGGUCUCUGGUAUCUCUCUGCCACUUGUCAAGAGUUACCUGUUCCAGCUGCUGCAGGGCCUGGCCUUCUGUCACUCCCACAGGGUUCUCCAUCGGGACCUGAAGCCCCAGAACCUUCUCAUUAACGCCCAGGGGGAGAUCAAGCUGGCUGACUUCGGCCUUGCUAGGGCCUUUGGGGUGCCUGUCCGCACCUACACUCAUGAGGUGGUAACUCUAUGGUACCGAGCUCCAGAAAUUCUUUUGGGCUGCAAAUACUACUCCACAGCGGUUGACAUCUGGAGUUUGGGCUGUAUCUUUGCUGAAAUGAUAACCAGGAGGGCCUUGUUUCCAGGCGACUCAGAGAUCGAUCAGCUGUUCCGGAUCUUCCGUACCCUGGGCACACCGGACGAGGUGGCUUGGCCAGGGGUCACUUCCAUGCCUGACUACAAGCCCUCCUUCCCCAAGUGGGCCCGACAGGAGCUGUCCAAAGUGGUUCCCCCACUGGACGAGGACGGGAGAGAGCUGCUCAGGCAAAUGCUGAGCUAUGACCCAAACAAGAGGAUAUCUGCCAAAAAUGCCCUUGUCCAUCGUUUUUUCCGUGACGUCACCAUGCCAAUGCCACACCUACGACUGUGACAUGCAGACUGACAGGAACAAUACAUAGCCCAGGGUCUUUCCAUGAGAGAUCCCUGAGCAGGAGGACUGCCCCAGCUCUUAUCCACACCUGAAUACUACAGUCCAGGAGAUGGGAGAGAUCACAGUGAAAUAUGAAUGCCUUUCCAAAAAUCAUUCUAGCAGCCAAAAACCAGCAUUUGUAUAAAUUGGAUGUCCUGUGAGUUUUUUCUCUACAGCUAUGAGUGCCUGUUAUGUCAUAGAGAAUGAACUCUACAGUUGUUUCAGCAUUUUAUGUGUAUUGAAAGGGUUAACUUGGUUUGUGUACAUUUUAGUCAUUUAGCAGAUGCAAGCUCUUUAUUUGUUCAUUGCAUAAUUUAUGAUAAAAAGUUGAUUAAAUUAGUUUGAGCUUUA